GAAGAAGAAGUAGAAGAAGAACAGAGUGAUGGAUGGGGUCACGCGCUUUCUCCGCUGUUUGACUGAGAGAAACUUGUAAACAUGUUCUGCGUGUUCUGGAUGUAAACAUGUUCUGCGUGUUCUGGAGGAGAAGCGGCGCGCGCAGAGGCGCGUGCACGAGACAGCCCGGCGCGCGCAGAGGUGCGUGCACGAGACAGCCCGAGGUGCGCGUGAGAUUCGCUCCCAGUCCCACAGGGUUUCUUCACCUCGGGGGUCUCCGCACGGCUCUGUAUAAUUACCUGUUUGCGAAGCAGCGGCGCGGCACGUUCAUCCUGCGCCUCGAGGACACGGAUCGCGAUCGCCUGGUGCCCGGAGCCGCGGACGCCAUCGAGGACAUGCUGGAGUGGGCAGGAAUCCCCCCAGAUGAGAGCAGUCGCAGAGGAGGGCAUUAUGGGCCGUAUGUUCAGUCUGAGCGGCUCCAUCUCUACUCACAGGCCACAUCAUCACUGCUGCACACAGGCCACGCCUACUACUGCUUCUGCACCAAUCAGAGGCUGGAGCUGCUGAAGAGGGAGGCGCAGCGCAGCGGACACGCACCGCGGUAA